CUGCUAGCACCUGAAGUAUCCGAACGCGACGGGUCAACGACCGCAGAACUGUCACCGGUCACCGGCGCCUUGUGUUGUUGGUUGUGUUGUGGUGGACGUAAAUCUUGUUUAUUUAAUAUAAUUAAUAGUUAACUGUAGAAUAUAAAGCUGGAAGAUUGUCAUACAAGUGUUCUGCAUAAGUUCGUAAAUGUAUUUAGGGUCAAAAUGGCUCAGUUAAAGGAAUUAAAGGCCAAUCGCGGAUAUGUAAAAGGCGCGAUUAGUAGGUUAGAAACAUUUUGUACCUCAAACGAAUUCGCUGCAGCAACACUUGAAGUGCUUGCUCAAAAAAGAGAAAGGUUGCUCAAAGCAUUUAGUGAUUACGAAGUAUACAAUAGAGCAAUCCUUGCUAUUGAGCCUGAGGAUGGUGAGUCGUAUGAAUUAUACGAAUCUAAAUGCGAUUUAUGUAUCGCCAUGUUAAAUACGCGCCUACAUCCUGCAGGUCCACCUGCGGCACAAGCUACUGCAUCGACAUCUUCCGGACUAGAAGCAGAAAAAAGAGCAAUUGCGUUGGAAGCCACAAUGACGGAGGAGCCUAAAAAGCCGGUGAAAUCUGUUGUGAGUGCAGCGGCGGCCACUGGAGUCUCAUGCGUUCCAGUAUGUGUGCCGGCAGCUGACACCUGUGGGUCCAUAUUUGGUGAAGACGAGGUUCGGUCAUAUAGUAGGCGGGGCGCUGCCCUUCCCUGCUGGCAAGAAGUCUAUAAGUAACUAUUGUGUUACAUCUAAAGGUAAUCCCGUUAAUUUUAAUGUAGCUAGGGAUGAUUUGCAACCACCUUUCCCAUAUGUUAAACAAAGUGAGGUUUGUUUGCUGUCAAACGAUUGUCAACCUUCUGAAGACAUUGUUGAUAUUAUGUCCAAAUUUUGGGAUUGUGAAAAAG